GAUCCUUUGCCGAAUGGUAUAGUACCUUUGGUGACUUCGGUUCAGCAGACGCCGAUGAUAACGACCGAAUAGCUUUCUUUAUUCGUAUACAACGCGAACGUUCGCGCCGCCGAUACGAGCGAAUUUUUUGCAAUUUUUUCACUUUCGUCUUUCCUUAUAUACGAGUACUUUAUUCGUUUUUCUUCUUCGUUAAACAGGUAGCUUUUUUCGCGACGUGGUGUAUUUUUUUUACCUUAUACGAAAGAAAAUCUUUUCGACGGUGAAAAACCUGCAGUGAAGAGAAAUUAACUAUUUUGCGCGAGUGAACGAUUUUCAAAAGAAUCACGAUGAGUCGACGAGAUAAACUAGUAUAAUGAGAUGGUGGACCAGUUUCGGUGAAAGAGUCGGCCUACAAUGAUCCAUCGUUCGUCAUCGUCGCGACGUCGUAAGCUACCCAGGACCACCAGCGGUUCGCCGCACCGAUCAACCGGCAGUUUAGCUCGCAAGCAGAGCGUCGCUUUCGAGAGCCUGCAGCUGGAUGAGAAAUUCGAACCUUUAUCGGGAGAAAAACGCGAUAAAAAGCACAGCAUCGGUGGCGACGCCGAAACAUACAUCUCCGGCUCAGGGGGCGGCGGUGCUAGUCGAGUCAGAGGCGGCAGUAGCUCAAACUUAAGCGAAUAUUCGGCCAGCCUUCGCAGCAGCAGUAUCACCGUAACAGCUACAGACGAGCACAAUACCCCAACUUUUCCGGUCUAUUCGCCAGAAAGGCUAUCCGGCGGUAACGUCAUCGAGAACGCAAUCAGCCUGAGCGAGUUCCCACCUUCGCAGAAAUCCUCUCGUAGUAGUAAUUACGACGCGAUGAGAUCGUCUCGCAACAGCGUCACUCCGGAUGACUCGUAUUUGCGCGGAUUCCAACAAAAUACCGAUUCGAUGACUCGUAAGUCGCGUUCUAGUCUGACUCCCGAGGUGUCGAAGAGUCCGCGGAGUAGUUUAGUGCCCGAUGACGCGUACAAUCGCAGCCCUCGCGGCAGCAUCGAUCCGGCCGUCUUUAAUCGCGGUUCGCGAAACAGCCUCUUCCCCGAUCCCGAACAAUACAACAGGCAGUCCAGACCAAGCAUGGUGGCCGACGUUCAGGCAUUAAGGAACUCGCGAAAUAGCCUAGUACCCGACGUCAGUCCUAAUCGUAGUCCUCGUAAUAGCCUCGUACCAGAAUCCAGUAACCGAAACCUGCUGCCAGAAGGUGCCAAUCGAACUCCUCGAGGUAGUCUUGUGCCAGAUACUAAUCGAAGCCCGAGAAACAGCCUGGUGCCGGAUGGCAAUCGAACCCCUAGAGGGAGUCUGGUAGCAGACAUGAAUCGUACGCCUCGAGGCAGCGUCACUUCCGAAGGAUCUAUGUAUUCUUAUAACCGAAGCUCUCGAAGUAGUUUACCCCUGCAGGAUGGCACCACUGGUAUUCUGGGCAAGAGUCCGAGAGGCAGUAUAGCCUCAGCCACCGGAGUUCAGUUCGAUUUAUCAGUCAAGACGCCCAGAGGAAGCGUCGAAUCCGUACCACCGGGUGUUGGACGACUCAGCCAUAGUCACCGAAGCGCUUCACCUUUUCACACCGGUAGCGUUCGAGGCAACUUAUCAACAGCCAAUCAUUCGAAUACUGAUGAAAAGAACAGUUCGAGAAGAGCUAGUAGUAGCGUCAGUCAGGUUGGUGUGUCCGCCGACGAUCGACGUCAUUUAUGCGAGCAUACGAAAUUAAAUCCAGAAUCGGGUCUCGGAUUGACAGCCUACGGUUCGUUCGUGUAUCAGUUGAAUCACGCCAAUAUGGAGUCGACCAGUACCUUUGAUUUCGUGCUCAAAGCGUUGAGAAUAAUUUACAGAACAGCUGUGGUCACGGUGAUACUCGUGUUCUUUACGUUGCUUUCACUGAUAAUGCUCAUAAUGGGUGUGAAUGAUAUUCGAGAGUGUCCCCUGGAGCCGAAAAUCCCUCUAUACCUGAUCGUAGGCGGCUGUUUCGGUCUACUUCAACUGAUAUGGGUACUCUGGCGACAAGUCAGAUCACUGAGAUACGAAAGACUGAACCCGAGAGACCUUUCUCAUACGAACAGCGACGAAAUGCUGGCAGCGUCAAUUGCGAUCAAAAUCGGAUCCUUCUUACUAUUCGCCUUUCUCGUCGUAUGGUUCGUAUUCGGUAAUUAUUGGAUUUUACACAUUUAUCCGCCGAAUUACGAUUCGACCAACUUAUACCAUCCGAAGGACUGGUGCAGUAAAACGUUGUACAUAUUUUCUAUAGUACAUUUAAUUAUUAUUUAUUCGGCCAUCGGGGUCGUCAUUGUCGUAACACUGGUUAUGGCAGUCGUUCAAAUAUGUUUGCUCAGGUGUCGGUAAUAAUAUGCAAAGUGUUAUUGUGUACUUAAGGUAUAAGCUAUCCUAUGAUAUGAUAUAUGUGUAACGUGUAUGUAAUGUAUAAUAUUGUUACCUACCUAUGUGUUUUCUCAUGUUACCUACCAACAUACUUACUACCUAUACUGUACUUAAGCCUGAUAGGUGAACGUUUCAAAUGGCAGUGAUGCGUAAAUUUUUUGCAAAAAUUUAUACGAAUAUGAGUGAAACUAACGAAAGAGUUGAUUUUUUUGUCCGUGUUUUGUAAGUUUGGUUCCUCAAUGAGAGAAAAAAUUCCAUAGUCGAUAUUUUUCUGGAUUUUAAUUAAAAAUUAAAUGUUACGUUCAGAGAAGGUGAGGAGGGGCUCAUCGCUAAAAUGAUCAUACUCUGUAGUUUUCUAUAUUUAUCAAUUUUUUUAUUUCUCGACUAUUCAUCGAAAGUUUCUAUAGAUCUUAUGAAAAUGGAUCUCGAAGACCAGUUUUUCAAUUUCAAAAUCCAAUAGGUACCAUUCUUACAAAAUUGAUCAAAAAACAUUUCAAAAACGAAGUCCUACUGAUGAAAGUUGAAUGCACCUCCCUGGUGAAGGAUCUCGUGCUCUAAAAUGCUGUUUAAAUUCUUUUUUUUUUCGAGGAACGAUGAUGCAGAUGAAAAAUUUGUAAUAAAAUCCUCUCUUCUAAGGUUUUCCUGGUAUCUAACCACAUUGACUUUCUAUCAUCGUUGUUUCGACUAUAUACGUAAUCUUCGUUCGUAUCUGCAGAAACUUGAUUAAGCUGACUAUGGAAUGAAACCAACAUUUUAUAGAAGAAUAUCACGCCAAUGUGUUGCUUCUUGCUUCGCUUUGCUUUCCUCAUACGAAAUCGUACAUUUACUGCGAGGUAGCGCGAUGAGCACUUGAAAAUCAACCUAACAAUAAGAAAUAAGAGUAUACGCGAGUAAAAGAGCCAACCCCAACACCCUGGCCCUGCCAUGUCACACACGUUUGUGAAAUCUCAACUCGUACAGUUUUGUGUUUCUUGCUUCGCCUAGCCACCUUUAACUGUUUUUCCACACAGCGCACAUUCGACGAAACCUUCAAUUUGGAAUUCUUUUCGGCGCAGUUUUGGCAAAUAAUAAAAAAAAAAAAGAGCCAACGUUUUAAUUCACACCAACGAUGUGCUGCUUUUACUCGUACUUUUCUUUCGCUUUUUCUUUUUUUUUUCGGGUACAAAACUAACAUCCCAUUUAGUAUAUUUCGACAAUGUGAGGCGUAAAAGGGUACCUAUGAAAAACUAUUCAACCGAAUGCCUUUCUCUCUCUCUCUCCUUCAUUCAGAUAAACGUCCAUAAAAGAACUAUAGCAUUUUUAUUAGGCUCGUCGUUGUGCGGUUUUUGUAUGUGUGAAAAAGACGUCGGUUUGAAUGGGCUUUUGUACACUGAUUAUGGACAGACUCGUAUGCUAGCAUUAUGGGAUAUCUAGCUGCGAGUAUACGUAUAGUCAAAAAAUGAUAGUAAGUACCUACAUCUAGUUCAAAAAACGUGUACGUGAAACAGAUGCCCAUCCAGUCUCUUCAGCAUACGAUGAGUACGACUAAUAAGUCGUUGAAAGCUUACAAUAGGUAAAGGAAUCGAAGUGUUAUGUGGUAGCUUGAAUAAGAUCACGAAGAUAUAAAAACAUUCACGCAUAUGCGUGAGAACACCUACUUUUCUUCAAAUAAAAAUUUUUUACGAACGAA